AGGAAAAUAUUAUGGCGGCUGGGCACGCUCAAGUGUCAUGUUUCUGUGAGAAUAUUAGAUCAAAUUGAAUUAUUCAGUGUUGAAUGUCCAUUCUGAACAUUUACAUGUCUCGGACUAUCUAUUCUUAGUGUUACAGAGUGAUGUUUUCGAUAUUUUGAUGGAUUAUGUCGUGAAAUGCAGUCAUGAACCACGACAAAUGCUAACAUUCCAUUGAUACCGCUGUGGCGAUAGGGCACCUCAUUGUUUUUAUAACCAUGUGGGGUGUUGCAUGAAUGGUUUUGGAUAACACUUUUUGACAGUUAUCUUGAACUCGGCAUUACUGGUAUUUCAAAUGAACAAGUUCUGGCAAAUGAAUCGGAACAUCUAAGGAGGUCUGUCUUGUGAAUGGAUGCAUCCUGAAAAACACUGCUAUGUGAUGAACAAAUACGAAAUAUUGGGGGUUGUAGGUGAAGGUGCCUACGGUGUGGUCUUGAAAUGCCGACAUAAGGAAAAUGGGGAAAUGGUUGCCAUUAAGAAAUUCAAAGACAGUGAAGAAAACGAGGAUGUGAAACGUACAACUUUGCGUGAGCUGAAAAUGCUCCGCACGCUAAAACAGGAGAAUAUUGUAGAGCUCAGGGAAGCAUUCCGACGCAAGGGAAAGCUGUACUUAGUUGAAUAUGUGGAAAGGAACAUGUUGGAGCUGCUGGAGGAGAUGCCCAACGGAGUUCCGCUGGAGAAAGUGCGGAGCUACAUCUACCAACUGUGUAAUGCCAUACAGUGGUGCCACUCCAAUGAAAUCAUACAUAGAGAUAUCAAACCUGAAAACCUCUUGAUAGGCAAAAAUGAUGUCCUCAAGUUGUGUGACUUUGGGUUUGCCCGGACUAUUACUGGUGGCACCAGUGGCUUGUAUACAGACUACGUGGCCACACGGUGGUACCGGUCACCGGAACUGCUGCUAGGAGCUGCCUAUGGCAAGGCGGUGGACAUCUGGGCUAUUGGCUGUAUCCUGGGUGAGCUGAGUGACGGUCAGCCUCUGUUCCCUGGCGAAAGUGAGAUUGACCAGCUGUUUGUCAUACAGAAAGUCAUAGGGCCACUGCCGCCCGACCAGAUGAACAUGUUCUACAAGAACCCCAGAUUCUCAGGGCUCAAGUUUCCAGCUGUAGCAAGUCCUCAAACACUCACCAAACGGUAUAUGGGAAUCUUGAACAGUGUCCUCAUAGACUUCAUGCAACGAACACUGCAGCUUGACCCGCUGGACAGAUCUCCCAUUGAGGAUUGUCUCCGUCAUGAAGCGUUCAUCACAGAACAGCUGCUGCAUCGCAACAAUCACGUCUCCAUCAAAAACUAUACCUCAAACAAGAAGCGGAAAACGGAUAACACUGAUGACAUUAAUAGUGAGAACAUGAAGAAUACGAACCGUCCUGGCACAGGGGCCGGGCAGGAGAACCGGGUAUUUGAAGCAGAGAAGAUGGACACAGAUGAAGAGAAGAGCUAUGUGAUCCAGGGGACCUCUUCUUCCACUGGAGACAUGAAGUUCUUGAAGCAGGUGCGCAACCAGUCCACUGCCAACUCCACCAACAAAACGAGUGUGGUGCUACGUCAGGUGAAAGGUCAGCAGCAAGGGGAGGAUGAGGAUGAGGACUGUGGUGAGGGAGGCAGUGCCCGGCAACAGAACCGGGCAGUAAGCAGAACAGAGAUUACCAUAAUGGAUGCUGAUCCCAAGCUGGGUAACAAAUACCCCGAAUCGAAGAAGUCCACGUUUGACAAUCGCCAUCAAAGUACAUUUCAGGAUUUUCGUAAUGGAAACCUUUUGGAGUUCAAUGCAAACUCUUCUAAGAAUCGAACUCAAGGGCAACAAGAAUCAAGUGCUAUGCAGUCAUCAAAUGAUGACAAGAUGGAUUGGACAGUGAGUGACUCGAGGUAUAUGAAAAAGAGAGAUAGUGUGAUGGACGUGCACCAGCAUGACCCCCAGGGAUGGGGAGGAGAGGAGUUUGAGUCCUCACCCCGGGGAAAGAGCAAUACCUUUACCAUUAGUCUUCAGGCCCCUGGGCAGGGCCAGCCCACCGGUGGAGGUGGUGUGGGGGGUUACCCCACAGGUGGAGUUGGGGGGAAGGGCAGCAGUAACGCUGCCAGUCCGCGCAUGGACAGGAAGAAGUUCUUGGACCAGGCCAUGCAGGAUGAGCUUCAGAGAAUAAAGAAUGAUACUCUUGGCAAGAAGAAGAUGAGGGAUGGGGGUGUCCCCAUUCACAACCUCACAGAGAAGCUGUCAUAUGCCAAGCUGCAGCCGGGCAUGGACCCUGCAUCCGCUGCCGCCACCAAUACCAAGUUCAAGGACUCUCACAACUAUGGCGGUGCCCCACGCCGGACACGGAACCAGUAUUAUGAUUCAGGCUAUGACAUACAUGAAGCAAGCACAUCACCAGAUUUCAGCUACUCUCGAGACAUGAAUCGUGACAAUCGUCAUCUAAGUCUCCAGACAAGGUCAUAUGCAAAGUAUGUGGGUCACCAGCCCUAUCACCUGAGGUCGGAGUCCCCAUCACACAACCACUAUGCCCCCUGGCGUGGUGUAGAGACCCCUGGCGCCAGUGAGAGAUAUAAUGGAGCUUCCAUGAUGAGUCUCGCCAGGAAAAAGAAGAAGCAGAAGUUCUUGCAGAAUAUCAAUCCUGACCUUGAAGAUGGGCGUCUCUCUCCAUCUGUGCCAACGAGGAACCCUUCUCGUAUGUCUCGAGCUGAGGUUGACUGGAAGGAAGAUGGGGAACUGACAUGUGAGGCCUACACACCCAGAGACCCACCCUCUCAGAAGGAUGUUGGAUACCGUGAUGUCGGGGGCUGGGACAAAAAGCAGCACUACAAGCAGGGUGUCCAGAUGAGGAAACUCACUCAGACACCAGUAGACAGGGGUGUGCGUCUUCAGCCAAUACAAAAAUCCUUACAUCGUGGCAACUCCCCAGAAAACUCACCCCCAAGUAAAACUUACCCAAAGACUGAGCAAGACUCAAAGACCCUCACAUCAAUGUCCGGGACAGAACUAAGGACGGGACCCAAGUCUCGGCCCUCCUCGGUCAUGGCGGAUGAACCACCAGAGGGCGGGGUCGCAUCCCCCCGCAACAGUGACCUCAGACCUGUCAAAGGCAAAUCAAUCAAAAUGUCCGACUACCGGGGGUACCAGGACCCUUACAUGUGAGAAGUGCAGGGCCUCCUGUUUAUGUCAAUGUUGUUCUACAGGGACUCUCAAGAGGGGCUGCCAUCACUUUAUAUAGGGAGUGUUAGUUCAGGUCAAACUGGCAUUUGUACACGUCACUCAAUGCCUCAGAUAAUCAUUUGGUUUCACUCUGGGAGACAAAUCUCAGAAAGGUCUUAUCAAUUUAUAUUAAUUAAUUGUGGUUAUCGAUUUCUCCUAUCUGGAAGUGUUAUGACAUUGUUAUCUUUGAUAUUAUUUUACAGUUACAGAUUCAUUUAAGAGUUCAAGCAUUAUGAAAUGUUAAAUGAUGCUCUGCACUGGCAAUUCUCAGCAGUGUGUUGUUUUGUCAAGGCACACAGAAGGCCAUAAUAUAUUCACUAUUAGGUUUUAUCAGAAUGUUUCAAGGGAGGCAAUUCAUAUUUGUUUAAGAAUUGUUCAAGACAUGUUUUAACUACUUCAGUAUGUCAUUCUCUUGAAGUUCUCGAACAGAAAGAUGGAAACCCACCUUCCAGAUUGUCUUUAUGGAAGUAUUUGGG